UAUCUUAAUAUAAGGUAUGUGUGAUACAGAUGAUGAAUUAGUAAAAAUGUAUUCGGUAUAUUUAAAAUGAGAUAAUUAAUUGUUUCGAUUACACAAACAUGUUGUUCCAUUUUAUUGCAUUUCCUGGUCGAUUACCACUAAGUGGAAUUGGUGUGGAUUAAAUCGCGGAAAUUAAUCGAGAUUUUACGUAAACCUUUAUAAAAAUAUAAAUAUAAAAAUGCACUUAUAUCACAAAAACAAGGAUAAAAUCUCGAGCAAAGUUAUAAAAUGGUCAGAAAUGUAAGUGAUAGUGAAAAUGUUUUGUGGUGUUAAGUUUAGGAAGAAAAAAAGUGCUGAUAAAAAAGAUAAAAAUGACUACCUUUCUAAACUUCUUGAAGAAAAAUACACCAGCAUUUUUCGACCUGGAUAUGUGGAAAUUGAUGGUGUUACAUUACCAAGAAGAUAUAAAGAAUUAAAAAAUGAUAUCGAUGAUUUCGAUGUUUUUGAAGAUGAUAUAUGGAUAUGCAGUUUUCCAAAAACAGGUACCACUUGGACCCAGGAAAUGAUAUGGAUGAUUGUUAACAAUUUAGACUUUAAAGGGGGCGAGGAAAAUUUAGGGCACAGAUCACCAUUCCUGGAGGUUACUUCUUUAUUCGACUAUAGAAAAUUCAUGGAAAAUAAUCCCGACUUUAAACCACCCCCAUUCAUAGAAGAUUCUUUGGGGUACAUCAAAACCAAAAAAGGAGCAAUUUGCUUGAAAACCCAUCUCCCAUGGAACUUGCUACCCAAACAAAUACAGAGUGGAGUUAAACAACCAAAAAUUAUCUAUGUGUCAAGAAACCCUAAGGACACCUGUAUAUCGUACUAUCACCAUUCAAAGCUAAUUGAGGGUUACAAUGGUAAUUUUGACGAGUUCUGUGAACUGUUUUUGGGCGGAAAAUUAUGUUUUGCUCCAUAUUGGGACCAUGUUCUUCAAUUCUGGAAAAAACGCGACGACCCAAACAUCCUCUUUAUCACAUACGAAGACAUGAAGAAAGAUCUUCCAAGUGUCAUCAAGACUGUCUCUGCUUUUCUGGAGAAAAAUUUAACUGAAGAGCAAGUACAUCUCCUAACAGCUCACCUUAGUUUUGAAAGCAUGAAAAACAACAAAGCUGUGAACUACGAGAUGAUUCAAGAGUUAAAUAAAAAGUACAAUUUGACAAAUGGUGAAGGGACUUUCAUGAGGUCUGGGAUAGUUGGUGAUCAUAAAGCACACAUGUCUGAAAGUAUGAUAAAAAAGUUCGACUUGUGGACUAAGGAAAACACAAAAAAUACACAACUAAAUUAUUAAUUUUUUAUUAUCCUAUAUUGUACAAUAAAAUUACAAAAUAAAUAUUAUCUAUGUAGUUUAAGUCGCUCGAACAAUAUGCUGUCUAAUAUUUUUAAUUUUUUAAAUUUAUUUGGUACAUAUCGUUUGGGCAAAUUUUAUUUAAUAUAUUUUUAUGAUUUUCAGUGUUUUUUAUAUAUUUUAUAUCUAUAAUUCAUUGUGGACGUAUUCAGUUGUUACUUUGAUUUCUUCUACGUGGAAGUCCUCACAUUUUUCGGAGUAGUAAUC